AGCAGCGGAACUCGGUGCUGUCGGUUGUUGUCGUUCGGUUCUGCGGGAGUCGGUCACUGACGCGGGGCCGCGGACACGUGACCCUGCACCGGGACCCUUCAGGCUGGACGGUAGGAGCUGGAGCUUGAACCGGAUCGUGGACGGGUCUCACACCGGGGACAGAGGGUCUCACACCGGGGACAGAACCAGCAGCGGAGACCCGGACCCGGAGCGGUGAGACAACACGUCUUUACUCCAACGUGAGCGGCCAGUCAGCCAGCCGCUGUGCAGCUCGCCGAUGCCAUGGACGCCUGUGCCCGUAUUCGAGGAGUCCCACUAAGGUCCCGGGCCUCGGUCCGGAAAGAGACUGUGCGUGACAGUGGAGCUCAGUGUGUUAAGAGCCUCUUCAGGAACAAGAAGGAGCUAUGCAGCAUCGGCCUGGAGCUGACGACCAGAGACGCCACCAGACUGACGGAGAUUCAUUUUGUGUGUCUGCCGGGACAAUGUGAAGGGGACGAGGUCACCCAGCAGGCUCUAGCCUCUCUGCCGGGAGGCCUGUGUGAGCUCCUCCGGUCUCUCCAUGUGGACGGCCUCAAAAACGAGGAGGUUCUGCUGCUCAGGGACUCGCGCCGGCUGUCGGAGCACAAAGACGCUUGGCCUCAGUGUUGGUUGAAAGCCGUGUGUGUUCUGAGGCACAACCCCAACACCAGCCUGUACCCUCAGGCCAGCGUGGCGUCUCUGCUGAGCCUGCUGGGAUGCUACAUGGCCGGCGUCCGCUACGCUUUAGAGCUUCAGGCGGUUCAGAGGAGCUCGGCCGAGGCCAGUCAGCCGGAGGAGGACGACACCAACCAGUCGGUCUCGUCCAUCGAGGACGACUUCGUCACGGCCUUGGAGCAUCUGGAGGAGGACGACGCGGGAAACAAUCCCUCUUCAUAUCCUCAAUUAAACAAACGCGACGUGGCUUCGCAGACAAUCCCAGCUCAUAAGAGGAGGAAAGAACUAUCGGGCUCUCGUGUUCUCAUUGGCUCAUCUUCCAAGAAGUAUUCAGCCCCAAGCAAGUCGGGUCCAGAUGUUUCCAUCACGGUGCAGAGGUCCUCGUGUGUGGAGCCGCAGUGGACUUACUGCAGUCCUGGAGCUCGAGUCCCUUCUCCUGUGGUUCAUGUCAGUGACUCAGAGGAGUCCGACGGCUCCAGCCCUAGUCCGAUCAUCUUCCUGGACGAGGUGGGCUACCAGAAGAGCCUGCUGGCCAAGCUGGACAUCCCCCAGGUGCCGGGGGGGCCCAGGGAGCGAGUGGAAGACUCAGACUCUGAAGUCAGUGAGUUCUUUGACAGUUUUGAUCAGUUUGAUGACGUGGAUGAGCUGAGUUCAGAGAGCUCCACUCUUGCUCUGCCUCUGGACACCAUCAGUGCUCCAGCCUCUCAGAAGAAGUGCACCGAGUCCAGCUCCGGGGGGUCCACAUCCAAAUAUGUUUCCAGGGGCUGCUCCACCAAGGGGAUGAACCCUCAACGCUUCGACCACCCCACUCUCCCAGCCAAUGUGAAGAAACCCACUCCUCUGAAACCAGGCUCUCCCUACUCGCUUCACACUGACGUGCCCGACUCCCCUCGACCCGUGCAGACCCCCUCAGACGAAAAUGGCGGCCCACUCUUCAGUCCUGUCAGCUCCUCGGCCUUCAGCCCUCUGGUGGACUCAAGUGGACCGAUGGAAUACUUUUGGAAGACAAAUGAAGAGAGUCCGGACAGCUCCGAGCUGCGUAAACCCCAGGACGUCUGCUCUCUGUAUAAGACCUACUCUGACUUUGCCAACAGCCUCUCCAAAGAAAUCCUGGGGUCCGUGUGUGGCUACCAGUCUGCUGUGGACAUCAGUGACAACAAGAAUCUCAGCUGCGUCUGCCACAAGGAAUUUGAGAAUCCCUCGGGUUACCUGAUGAAGCUCUCAGAAAUACAGGAGACUGUGACCGUGGACAAGUUGCAGACGAAGUCUCAGUCUCUGACCGAUGGCAUCCAGAGGUUUGCCACCGACCUGGUGGAGAUGAGCCUGGGCAGCGCCUUGAGAGACCUUCAGAAAGGCGUGUCCUCCUGCACCACCACCUUGUGUCACCUAGCUGCGAGGCUCACCUCCUCGGUGUUUCAGAUGGCCUUCCACGAGAUCGGGAUGCGCCACGCCUACGUGUUGAAGGAGCGAGCAGUCAGUGGACUGGCCGGUUUCCUGGUGGGAGAGGCCGUGUCCGGGGCGCUGAAGGACUUCCUGACUGUGAAAAAACAGAUUUUUCACAGCACAGUUUCAGGUUUCGCUGCUGACUUGGCUGAAGAGCUUGUGUUUGAAGGUAUUAUGGAAGUGUGUCAGUUCUCCCACCCCUCAACCCCUCUCACCGCAAGCGAUUGGUCCUUUAGCCAUAGGCAAGAGGAAGAAGAGGAGGAAGAGGAGGAGGUGGUUACCUCCUACGCUUCAGAUUUGUCUGAGUCUGUGAUCCAGGAGGCCUUCAUACAGCUCUCUCAGGCUGAUGUUGCCUUCACCAGCCAAGCAGCUAUUAGUGUGUCUCUGGACAACAUCUGUUACGUCAGUGCAGAGAACAGCAGCACUGACACCUGCAGUACCUUUGCCAACCAGGAGGUUUUAAGUUCCAGCUCAGCUUCAGAGGUUCCAGGUCCCUCAGGAGAAGAUCCUACCUGCACGGUGAAGAAAGCCCUGUUCACUGUCUCGGGGAUGGCCAGUUGUAUUCCUGUACCCAAAGCCGGCCAAGCCCUCUCCCACCUCCACGAGUCUGAGGAGACCAGUCAGUAUACAGACAGUUCACCAGAUACUCCACAGGAAAACCCUGAAGGAAUAACUGAACCCUCCUCUGAUGCCACCACAUCCACACAGACUCACCUGUACAGUCAUGGAACACAGACCCCUACAGCUGGAGGAGAGCCCUCCCAAGGAAAGUCCUCCUUCCAGAACUUCUCUGGCAACAUGGUGGAUCUGAUAGUUACUGAGGCUUGUGAGCUAAUAACUGCUUCUAAGAUGAAGAAGAGUUUCGGUGACUGUGCCGAUUUCUUCACAAAGACAAUCGGAAGCCGGAGGGACACUUCUCCACCAGAAUCCCCCUCGGAGCAGGGAGUCGGCAGGGAGUGUGUCCGGUAUGAUUGUAGAGAUUCACAGUACCUGAGGAACGGCGGCGCUGCAGAAGAAGCGACGGGCUCUCAAAGCCACGGGAGAGCCGGCUGUGAGUUCGACCCGAGGACCAGAGCUGUGGUGGAAACUCAUCCUGUGAUGAUGCAUACUCUCGACGUGCCCGGUGCGGAGAUGGGACCAAGGAGGAUAUCUGCUCCUGUGGAUGAUUCAACUCCGAGCACUGGCCAGAAGUCUGGCGGGACUCCCGGCACGCCUCCUUCGACCCCUCAGAAGCCCAGUGAGGUCUCCAAGGAGAAGCAGAUAAAACAGUUCUCCAAGAAGCUGAAAAGCAAACUGGCCAAAGAGUUUUCCCCUGCCACCCCACCGUCCACCCCUCACUAUCGGCCCGAGCCUGGUCCGGGGCCGAAAGACGUCACCCCCGAAGAAGACAAGGCCGAGUUCAUGCUCAAACUGAUGAGGUCUCUCUCUGAGGAGGCCGAUGGCAACGAGGAGGAAGAGGAGGAAGAGGUUGGUGCUGAGGUCAGUCACAGAUGUUUAGAGACGGGGAGUGGCCGGCAUGACACGAACCAGAUGUCGGCUAACAGGAUGUCCAACAAAGAAGCUCUCCACUACGCCGAGCGGUUGGCUUGUCACAUCGUCUCCAUGGCGACAGAGAUGGACACGCUGGGAGUAGCAGUGGAGGAGAUGGAGGUGGGAGAGAUGAGCAAGGGCAGCGGGAGGAGGAGAGACAGCGUGGCUCAGUUCUCGGAGCAGACGCUGAACACUUUGUGGGUGUACGCUGGGGAGGUGGCCGGAGAGGUGAUCAGCGACGUGAAGAGGAUGGUGAGCUCGGGUCAGCAGUGUCCGUACCACAGAGCUCUCAGACGAAGGAGCCUGGACAGAUCUGUCUCUGAAGGUUUGCACCAACAUCAGUCUCAACUCGGUACAGACCAGAACCGAGACUGGAGGGUGGGGCGGCAGGCGGAGCAGUGGUCCAGUGACCUGAUAGCCUCCGUCCUUCGCUCUCCCACCUCCGGUUCCACCACCUGCUCCAGCUCCGGCCUGUCCUCGGAGUAUCCCAGCUGUGAGAGCGUGACGGAUGAAUAUGCUGGCUACCUCAUCAGGGUUCUGAAGAAAGAGGGAGGCAGCAGGGAGCUGGUGCUGGACCAGUACGCUAGCCGCCUGGCCUACCGAUCCAUAAAACAAGGCUUGGCUCAUGCUAGUCGCAAAGUCAAGCAGAGAACCUCCAGCCUGCGCCUUCACUCCUCCAAGUCGCUGCCAGACGAAUGGAGAGCUUCGAGCAGCGAGGCCUCUUCACCCAAGGACGGAGCAGAGUCGGUGGCGUCUCCGUCGGGCGAGGACGCUCAGUGCUGCUGCAGCGACUCCGAGGAGCAGAGGGAGUACAUGGACCUGGUGAACUUCGCCGAGUCUUUAGCGUACAACAUCACCUGUGACGUCACACGCAAGCUGCACCUCUCCUCCGUGCGCCUGCCCAAGUCUCUGACCGACUCCUGUCUUUAUAAGAAAUCCAGAUUUGAAGACAUGGCAGAUAAUCUGAUCAGGAACUCCUUCUCCUGCCCCCUGUUGUCCAAAGAGGGUAAAAGCAAGCAUUACCACAGCACAGGAAGCCUGUAUGACGGAGGCUACAGCAGCAGGGUGGUGCAGGUCAUCGAUCACUACGCCAGGAAAAUAGUUGACGACACGUUGAAGAUGAGCCUGUCUUCAGCCGGACAGUCAUCCCGGGAGCACCAGAGGACGCAAGGCCCCUCCCACACCCAGAGGCUGUCGGAGGCGCCAGCAGGGGGCAUCGCUCUCGGGGAGAGGACCUGCCGCUACUGUGAGGUCCAGGAGUGUCCGUACUGCACCAAGCACAGCCGGCACCACCAGCCGGGGUCGCAGAGGAGGAAACGAGGGUCGGACGCUCAGGCCAGACCCGAGCGCCUCCCCAGCCUGGACAUUCCUAAGAUCCACAUCGACCUGGACCACCGGGAAGCGUUUGCAGGGGAUAUGGUAUCCAUGGCGAUGGAGACGGCUAAACGCGAGCUGAGCAACACCAGCCUAAACGCCGACAGCGGCAUCGGUCAUGAUGGAGCGAGCUACGCCGAGAGUCUGACGGCAGAGAUCAUGACAUCAGCCAUCACCAACAUCACCCAGGCUGCCAACACCAGCUCUCCAGGAAGGGAAGCGACCGAGUCCACCGUGUCCCAGCAGCUGAGUGUGGGGGACGACAGUCUGGGCAGCUGGUCCAACCUGAGCUUUGAGGACGAGCACGCAGACGACAACAGCAGCUUCCUGCACCUCAGUGACAGCAGCAAUGGGAACAGCAGUAGCUGGAGCAGUCUGGGCCUGGAGGGGGAGGCGUGUGAGGAGCGCAUGUCCUUCUCCCCCUCGGACAGUGACAACACGGAGGACAAGGAGGCGGAGGUCAAAGAGGAAUCCAGCGGGACGCUGUGCGUGGACCGGCCUCCGGCUCCGCCCCCCCGGACCGGGCUGGUGGUGGUGAACUCUGACGUCCGGGAGCUGCGGUGCAGUCCUCCGCCCGUGGGCCUGGACCCGCAGCUCCGCAGCAUGCUGCAGUGGCUGGCCGCCUCCAUGGCCGACGUGCCUCAGAUCCAGCUGAGUGCGGACAGGGAGCUGCAGCAGCUCCCUGUGGUCGUCCAGCGGCUCCGCGAGCGGCGCUGGCGAGUGGGCGAGCUGCUGCACAUGCUGCUGCGCUACUGUGAAGAGAGUCAGACGCACGGGGGCCAGGCCCGAGAGGAGGCCCAGCAGGGGGCCAGGGAGCCACACCGCUCCCCCCCCCUCUUCCAGUGGCUGCUGGAGCACGCCUAGAUCCUCAUCCUCCUCUCCUCCUUCCUCUCCUCCUUCCUCUAUCCCCUCUCUCCUCUCCUCCUCUGCCUCUAGGUGGCGCCAUACAAAUCAGCCCCUCCCAACAUCCCCUCAUGAAUGUGGGCAGCGAGUGUUUUGCGUUGCAUGCUGUGUCCACCAGAACUUCUGUUGUGUUUCAUUUCUCUUCCCACCUCCUGUUGUCUUCAGCAUCAGGCGCUGAUUCAGAGUCGUUCCCGUUCUCCUGCAGUUUGGAUAUGAAGAUAUGAGAGGAAAGAGAGAGGGAGAGAGAAAAGAGAGAGAGAGAGAGACCCACCCCAUGUGUCUCCAGACAGAGACAGAAAUGUGAGUGAGCUGAGAGAAAGAGAAUGUGUUUUUUGUUAGGGAAUCCCCAUCGCUGCCGGGCCGAUGAUGUCACCACACCCCCGGCUCACCUCUCUGGUGUUUCCACAUGUUCACAGACCAACUGAACGCACAUGGACACACACACUGCGGCUCACCACACCCUCGUAUUAUCAGAGGGGAAUCCAAGAAACACUGAUACUCAUCCACCUCUGACCAUCAUUCCCCUGUAGUAUUCCAUUAUUGUAUUAACUGGCUCAGAAUCGACUGUGCUCACGGUUCCUCUGGGAUCCAGAAGGAGUCGGACGCAGGGUUAACGAACCCGUCUGACCAACACGCUGCCGGACCUCACCGGUCCUCAUGGGUCGGCCGGUUGUGGAUUCUGUUUUGCAAGAGUUGAUCUGAGUCAGGACUGAAUUCCGCUCGGUGGUUUUGUUCUGGUGUGACAGAGUAUUAAUGAGAACUGAACUCCAGGAAACUGAAACUCAGCUUAUUCUAAUCAAAUCAGUUUCUGUAAAGAUGCAGUUUAUAUAUCACUCAGUCGUCCACAGAACCAAACAGGACUCGGUUAUCUUUAUGAAUUAGUCUCUGAAGCAUAGAAACCAACUAUUUGAACUUCUAUGACCUAAUUGAUCCCAUCGUUAGUGUUCUCCUCGUUAAGGCUCAGUUAUGCUCAUCGUUGGACACAUGUCUAGAAACAGUCGGUUCAGAUCGUCCUCGGGUCAGUUCUGGUCAGUUCUGGUCCAGUUGGGACCAGUUGGACACGUUGGACCAGUUGGGACAUGUUGGUCCAGUUGGGACAUGAUGGUCCAGUUGGGACAUGUUGGUCCAGUUGGGACAUGUUGGUCCAGU